GCUCCGAGGGUUUUAACUCGGUUCCACUGGCACGAGAGCGCAUUCCGAUCUCCUGAGUUAUUACGCAGCCGAUUUUCGUUCGUCUAGCCAAUCGCUUUUUCAUCGCAUAAACAUUUCGUUUCAACCGCGCUAACACAGUCAUCUUCUCGUCUAAUUGGCUCCACAACACAGUAACACCGGUAAAAGUGUGAAAAAUAUUUGUCUGUGCUUGGCAUUUCGUGGAUUCUUCGUAUUGUGACUUGUUUACAGUAUGUGUUGUUUUUAUUAAGAGAAAAUGAAGUACUGUUACACGACGACGUUUUAACACAUUAUUCGUAUGAGAUUAGCUAAGGAUUAGGACAUUAAAUUUCGAUCACGUAUUCCUCGUUAAAGAAAACGUUAGUUUUGUUGGUUUGAAUAAAAGAAAAGAAUGGUCAUCUUGUUUGUGUUUACAAAAAAUGUAAGAAGAAGUGACUUUUAUUGCUACUUUCAGCGACUGUAACAAUAAGAAGUUAUUGGUGAAAUGUAAUUUAAUACGAUAUAUAUCUGUACAUAUACAUAUCUCAAGUUGAAAAUAUUGAAACAAUAAAGAAGUAUACGUGGACUGGACUCUUACGUAUAUAUAUUGCCAACCAUGGUUUGUAGAGCUGGUCAAAUAUGUUUCAUUCAGUGCAAUCUACCCGGAGUUAAAAAUAAAAUCUUUACUACUGACAGACUUCUGCUUCAUGAAUCUACUCGUGGUGAGGAUCUUUAUGUUUAUAUUGGAGAGCAGUGUCAAAUACAACCAGACAGUUUUAAGUUGUAUUUAGUAUCAGGUGGAAAAUUGAUCGAUUUAUCAGAAAAGAAAGAUAAAACAAUGUCAGAAAUUGGUGUGGAUUUUUCCUUUGAUCGGGAAUCAUCAACUGAGCAUAAGCACACACUUGUAGUUAUGGAUCCAGCAGAUAUUUUGAUGCAGAAGCAAUUUCGCCAACAGACUGCAUAUAAUGCAUAUAAUCCUCCACCACCAUCUCCUAAUCACUCAUCAGUGUGGGGUGAAGAUAAUAAUGUUGAUUUCAAAAGUCUUAUUAAGUCUGAAACAAGCUAUGUCGGUUUAGUCAAUCAAGCAAUGACAUGUUACUUAAAUAGUCUAUUACAAGCCUUAUAUAUGACUCCUGAGUUUCGGAAUGCAUUGUAUAAUUGGGAAUAUGUAGAAGGAUCAGAAAAAGAUGAAGCUAAUAGUAUUCCAUAUCAACUACAGAAAUUAUUUUUAAAUUUACAGACAUCAACGAAAUCAGCAGUGGAGACUACAGCACUAACAAAAAGUUUUGGUUGGGAUUCUACAGAAGCUUGGCAACAACAUGACAUUCAAGAACUAUGUAGAGUUAUGUUCGAUGCUUUAGAACAAAAAUUUAAAAAUACGGAACAAGCUGAUUUAAUAAACAGACUUUAUGAAGGAAAGAUGAUUGAUUAUGUUAAAUGUCUUGAGUGUGGUACUGAAAAAUCUAGAGAAGACACUUUUCUUGAUAUACCAUUACCAGUAAGACCUUUUGGUAGUAAUGUGGCAUACACAAGUGUGGAAGAAGCUUUAAGAGCAUUUGUUCAGCAUGAAAUUUUGGAAGGAAGUAAUCAGUAUCAUUGCGAAAAAUGUAAUAAAAAAUGUGAUGCUCAUAAAGGAUUAAAAUUCACAAAAUUUCCCUAUCUUCUGACACUUCAUCUUAAACGAUUCGAUUUUGAUUUCAAAACCUUUCAUAGAAUAAAACUUAAUGAUAAGGUUACUUUUCCAGAUACAUUAAAUUUAAAUUCUUUUAUUGCUUCUAUGCCAAAUCAAGAAUCUCCUAGUACUGAUGAAAAUAUUAGUUUAGUGAAAUGCGACGAUAACUCUAUAACAGAUAGCGGCACAUUAGAUGAUGAUUGUCCUCCCUGUGAAAACAGUCUUCCUAGUAGUAAUCAUUCAACAAAUCAUGACCAAGAUGAUGAUGAAGGUAUAGAUAUGAGUAAUGGACCUUCAACGUCGAAUUGUGCUGUACAUAAUCAUGAAAAUGAAAAAAAUCGUAGCAGUAAUGCAGCAAAAGGACCUUACAAUUAUGAAUUGUUCUCAAUUAUGAUUCAUAGCGGUAGUGCUAGUGGUGGUCAUUAUUAUGCUUAUAUAAAAGAUUUUAGAACAAACGAAUGGUUUUGUUUCAAUGAUCAAAGCGUAACACAGAUAACUCAUGACGAUAUUCAGAAAACGUAUGGUGGUGGUUCAACCAGGUCAUAUUUUACUGGAGCUUAUAGUAGUACUAAUGCGUACAUGCUCAUGUAUAGACAAAUUGAUUCUGCUCGCAAUGCUUUGCCCAUACAAGUGCAAGAUUUUCCAAAACAUAUACAGGAAUUGUUGAAAAAGAUGAAAGAAAAUGAAGAUAACGACAGGGAGAGUCGUGAAAAAGAUCUUGCAACACCUAAGGUGAAAGUAUAUUGUCAACAUCCUACAGAAGAUAAGAAACUGAAUUUUAGACUUUCCUUUUCGCCUAAUGUUACAUGGGCUCAAACGACAAAGAUUGUUUAUAAGAAUUUUUGCUUGGAAGGAAUGGUGAGCUUAAAUCAAUGUCGUUUAGUUGUUUAUGAUCACAAUAAUGAGUUAAUCGUGGCUAGUUACGAAGGUAGAGAAAAUGAAACGUUCGCAAGUAUUUGGGGUAAUCGAGUGAAUCGGUAUAGUUUAUUAUUAGAAAUACGUGAUAAAGAUCAAAAAUUCGAGCCACACCUACGAGGUGGUAUUGUAACUAAAGUGUACGUUGUCGACGUAUCUAGAAAGAAGCUUAUUGAAGGACCAUUAAAUGUACGAGGUUUAUUUACACAAACAGUGAGAGAAUAUAAGCAGGUAGUAGGAAAAUUUAUUAAUAUGGAUCCGGGCGACAUGAAAAUAGUUUUACGAAAACAUGGAACAGAUGCUAUACUCGUACAGAAUGACGACGCUAUAUUAGCAGUUGCGGACUUUUGUAAUUUAAUUAAAGUUUUUGUAUGUACGAAUGCCGAUGUCGAGUGUAACAAAUCUUACUUUGAAACAACAAUAUGUGGCAUUGCUGAGCAGUUAGAAAACAUUAUAACAUUACGUAUAAAGUUACCUCCUAAUUCAAACAAAGAAAUAUUGGAAGAAUUAAAUAUUCCAAUGUUAGACGAAGUGAAUAAAGACAAAGAAAAACCUGUGACUGAUAGUCCAUCCAAAGUAAGCGUUGCUGAACCACAUCGAGAUGCUAGUACAAAAUGCAACGAGACUUCAAAAAGUGGAAAGCUUGUUGAAGAUACUUCAGUAAGAAAUGCAAGCCCACAAUUGGUAGAGGGUGAGGAAUGGCAUACUCCUGAACAAAGUAAUAGCGAAGAUAGUAGUCUCAGUGAUAGUGACAAAACUUUAGUUGGAGAUGCUCCAGGAGACGAAGACUUUCAAUUACCUUAUCUUCCAUCGAGUACAAGUAAUCGCGCCAUUAAAAUGUUAAACCAAGUUGGACUUGAAAACUGGGAUAAUAUCAUCGAUGAUUCAGAAUAUUAUUUCAAAGCCACCCCAUAUACAAAUCAUAAUGAGAAAUUUUUGAAAGUAUUAGUGGAUAAAAGAAUGAUAUUCAAUACUUUGAAGAAAAACUUAGAGCCGUACGUUGGUGUACCUGCAGAAUAUUUUAAAAUUUGUCGUUAUUUUGAUGAUUGUGGUGAAUCAGAAUGUAGCUGUUUACUUAGUCAACUUGUUUCUUAUGAAGAUGGAGAGAAACUUUGGAUAGAAAUAGGACGGGCUUUACGUAAUGGUGAAUUUACAGUAAAAUUACAUCAGUUUUUCCUUGAUUCGGCUAAGAGCAAAUUUUUGUUCGAAUGGAUAGUCUCGGAAGACAUGACUGUUGGGCAGGCGAAAAAAGAGAUUCUUGUAGAAAUGAAAAGAAGAUAUAAUAUAGAAAUACCAUACGAAAGAUGUCGAUUAAGGGAAAAGUGUUUUGUAUUACCUUCAAAAGUACUUUUAGAUCAUCAAAAGUUUAAAGAUUUUCAAUAUUAUUCUCAAUUUGAAAUGAUUGUACAAGAGUUACCUGAUAAAGAUCCAGUUACCAAUAGCAAUCAAGUCAUUGUUUUUGUCCGACGUUGGUAUCCUAUAAAAUUUCAUGUUGGUCCACCACAAGAAAUCGUAUUAGAUGAAACGACCUUGAAAGAAAUGAUGAAAAAAUUAUCUUUAAUAUCGGAUAUACCUGAAGAACAUAUAAAUAUAAUAAGAGGGAAAGGUUCAGUACAUAUGCCUAUUGUACGAAUUGAGAAUGAGGAAGACUGGAUUGGAUUAACAACUCUUGUUGAAUUUAAUGUUGAAGAUGGUGCUGUGUUCUUAUAUAGAGAUAGCAGGGAAACUUCACAUCCAUUAACCCAAGAAGAGUACGAUGAAAUCGCAAUUCGAGAAGUAUCACCUUCUUUACCACUUUCUUCCGCGUCACGUUGUAAUGCGCGUAAAGAGAAAGCGCUUAGAAUAUAUUUGGAUGGUGAAUGAUCCUCCAUUGAACAUACAUUUAAUAACACUGAAAAACAUUUGUUAAAUAGGCAUGUGUGGGAGCAUGAAACGUUUGCGUACAAAGUGAUUAAAUCGUGUCAGGUAUUUGUGGAAUUAAGUAAUCAACAAUUACAAAAUAUUCUGUGCUUCAGUAAGUCUUCAAUAUUUCAAAGCUUCCGCAUCUCUAAAGCCUUUUGGCUCUUGGAAUCGAUCGGAUUCGUAAAAUUCUGCAACUUUGUGAAACACUACGCGUUGCCAAGGGAUUUCAGACCUCGAUUAUCUCGUUUCGUUUUAAUAUGUUUCGAGAUCAUAAGGAUAAUGAAACUUCCAAUAACGUACGGAUUACUGAGUUAUAGAAUCUCAUUCAAGAGCACAAAUACUGAUGAAAAUAAUGCAAGUGCUGACUAAGAGUGAAUUAUAAGAAAGAAAGAAGGGGGGGAGAUUGAAUUGCUUGGUGAUAAUCCGAAUUUACACUAUGAACUUCUUACAAUACGUGUGUGUGUAACUGACGUACAUAUAAUUGGAGUUCCUGCAGCUACAUUAUUUUCACAAAUUCCUUGAUAUAUUUCUUAAUCCUAAGAAUUUUGAUAUCUUCACAUAUCUGUAUCAAAACGUUUUAGCUAAUCGUCUUGUUUAAAGAUGUUAAAGAUUUUUAAUGUCGAAAUGCAGCACAGAGUAUAUUCAUUUGUUGAUAAAAAAAAAAGAGAAGAAAACAUUUAUCUGACACAACAAUAAUUAACCCUUUUAAUGCCAGUAUAGGUUAAAUCGCAUUCUUCUUAUAAUAUAAUAAUAUCAUAAGUCCUGAGUUCAAUCAUUUAAUUUGGUAGUAGUAGCGCUUGGAUUUCGUUAGAAAUUACUACUUCGAAACAACAUUAUGUAUGUUAUUGUUUUGAAUGAAUCAAAUACGUUCUACGAGAUUUAUUGAUAAUUGGUAAUACAAUUUUACAUAAUACUUAACUUACAUACUUACAUAUUUACAUAAUACUUAUUAUUUACACAUAGAUUUGACGCUAUUAUUAUCAAGUUAAAAAAAGAUUUAUCAAUAUGAACAUAGAGAUCAAUUUUGGCCAGGCAUAUUAUCCUAUACAGUCUAUUUUAAUUUAUUUAAUUAUGUAUGUUUAUCAUUCAUUACACGUUAUUGGUACAUGGAAAUUUGUACCACUAGAAAAAAACCAAAAAAGAACAUUUAGCCAUUUUUUGGCAAUUGCUGCUAUUUCCUACGAAUCGAGUUUUCAAUAUAAUGAAAAUAAAAGAUUUUCUCUUGGAAGGAAGUUCACCAAAUUUACAUUUUGUAGACCACUGCUUGUAAAUAAUAAAACUUAUGAAUCAAAUAUUGAUAUCUUUCUUCAUAUCAAUAUCACCAUACAUAAACAGAAAUAUAUAAAUAUAUAUAUAAAUAUAUACAUAUAAAAAAUAUGUUUUGUAUUAAAAUGUAUGAUAAUGCAAUGCAUAUACAUAGCACAUCAUCCUUUUUGCAUUUAUCACCAGUUCAACUUGGCAUUUUUUUUGCUAAUUCCACACUAUUAGAAAAUUUUUGGUGCUGAAAGGGUUAAAUACGAAGUUGUUGUUACUUCCUGUCACUAUUAGAACGUUUUGAUAGACUGUCUAAGACUUAUCUAUAUUAUUUCUUUGCAAUUGUUUCACCAUACGAGGUGAGUGCAUUGAAUUAAUUAAUCAACAAUCGAUAGAUACUGAAAAUUCUAUAAAUUAAAAAAAAAGAAGAAAUUUAUAUAGUAUAAAUAUGUAUUACCUUUGAGAUAUACUGAUAUUGAUUGUUGUAUGACAAUUUUACAAUGCUCUCACAAUUUUCAACGUAUAGCUGUAAUUUAUAUUUAUGAUAUAUUUGUUACAUGAAAGCCUAGUUCAAAUCGUUCGUGUAUGAUUAUGCGAUAACUUGUUAUAAACAUGACAAUCUAGAUGUUUAUAGAGUAAGGAAAACACAAAUAAAAAAAGUUGUAAGUUCAAUGCCAUGAAAGUCUUGUUGAUGGAUAUCAUUAUAAUAAUUGAAAAAUUUAUCUAAUUCUUAUUAAUUGUAUUUCAAUUUAUUAAAUUUAAGACAAUUUAUCAUUUCAUUAUAAACAUUUAAAAUUUUAGUAAUGAAGCAAUUGUAUAUAUCGAUAUGUACAAGAAAGGAAGAAAUAAUAAAUAUUAUUUCUUUCCUAUCAUAUCAUGUAAAGAAAUUUUAAACAAUAGGAAAUUGGGAAAGUUGAAAAUGGAAAUUAAUUAAAAAACCUAAACUUAAAAAAUUAUCUUUCAUAUAGCUUUAUAGUUUCUUGUUUAAUAAUUGAUUACAUGUUUGUCAUUACUACUUAAUAUACUCUAGUUUUAUAUUAUCUCGCAUCUAUAAUUACUUGUAAUUUAACGAACUAGGCUUUGAUAUUGUUUAAUGAUUGUUUUUGUAAUUACCAAAUAUUGGAACAGUGACCCUUGUGCAUAAUAGUGGGUAUGUGCGAAUAAUAAAUUUGGAAAUUUAUAAAAUUGCUGAGAAAUUUUUGAAACUGAACUUAUGCAUUCUCUGCAAUCCUUAAACUGAUAUUUUCAUAUUUAUUUGUACCAAUUUAACGAAUCGUUUGUAAGACUGUAAGAUUCAUUUAAUGAAUUUGAAAUUCUUUUUUUUCGUUUAGAUAGUUCGAGUGUUAUUAAAUUAAUACUUUUCAAACUUUCUUCGCGAACAAAAUGGAAUGUCUCUUUGUUAUUGUAAGAUAAGACUAUAUUUAAUAUUUCGCUGAUUUCUCGCGAUAUUUGUGUGUACCUACUACUAUCUUAAGUAUCUUUUUAAAUAUUUAAAUUGGACGUGAGUAUUUCGCUGUCUUUUUGGUAAUCGUUUGAAACAUUUAAGGUAUUUACGUAUAUUUAUGUUAGUGGAGGAGUAUGCAAACAACGUUGAAGAAUCAUAUUAUAUCCUUUUUGCGGAUAAAUUCAACGCUCGAUAAUUGUAGCGCGCGGACUUUACAAGUUACGAUUGUAGUUUCUAUCGAAUUCUUUUCAUCAUCGACAAUUCGAAUAUUGUUCUUUGUAUCAUAUACUAUGAUUACGAAAUCAAAUUAUUAUUUAUAAUUAUUAAUAAUUGAAUACCGAAGUGACUGAAUUUUGUUUUUUGAAUUUUACCGAUGUUUCCUUUUUAUCUCAGCCGAUUGUUACGUUCAUUCAUAUUUAAUAUGCUUUCUUUACGUGAAUCGUUUGAAAUGGACUGAAUAAAUAGUACCUUGAAUCUA